AAUGAAUUGAGAUGAAUUCUCAAUAUUCUCUGCUCGGUUUGUUCCUGCUCCAGGUGGUGCUGGGAGCUGGCUACGGAGUUCAAGAUGAUCACGAGGAUACAGAUACAAGAAACCAAGACAGAGUUGUUUUCCCAGAUGAGACAGAUUCAGUCCAAGAAAGAAUAAUACGAAAUAUCCAGUUGAGCGCUCAACUGAGGAAAUCAAGGAAAUACAAGGGAGGCUGCCGUGAUCCUGUUCCUCCCAGUGAAUCCAUUCUUAAAUGCGCCCGGGGAGUUGGAUCCUGUUUUGUCAAGUGUAAACCUGGACACGCCUUCCCCUCUGGCGCAACCAAGACCGUAUUGAAAUGCGAGCAGGGUGAGUGGUUUGACCAGCGCACCGGGCAGGGUCAACCUAUACCUGACUGUUUGCCGGUGUGUGAUUCUCCUUGUAGAAACCAGGGUAUCUGUGUCAGACCUAACGUUUGCUUUUGCCAGGGUGGUUGGUCAGGUUCAACAUGUUCUACUCCACCUACCCCUAGAUGUACUGGACCUCCUCCUGCUCCUAAGAAUGCCCGAAUAUUCUGUAGUGCAAGGAAUGUACUGCGACCUGUCUACAAGGGCACAGGCUACCAACUGGAGAUGUAAAGAUGACCUUCACGUGUACAGCUGGUAGAUGGUUGUACGGUACUGCAGAACAAAUCCCAGAUUGUACACCUACCUGUGACCCCUCCUGUGAAAAUGGUGGGACCUGCCUCAGCUCUGGUUCUUGUGUCUGUGGGAAGAAAUAUAAAGGGGAACGAUGUCAGUAUGAGUCUAGUUCAUGUGCACCAGAGAAACUAGGAUUCAAUGGAAGUUUUAAUUGUAGCAGUACUCAGGUACAGAUCAGGUGUAGUUUAUCCUGUCCUGCUGGGAUAGAUUUCUCCGAAUCCCCGGCUCAGAUCUAUUCUUGUCAUUUCUCCGAAGGACGGUUUUAUCCUUCAUCCACUCCGUCCUGUAUCUUCGGUUCAAACCUGGAGAUAUCCCGUGAGUAUGGAAGUUCUUAUUCACCCGGAGAUUCAACCCUUCUCCAGUAUACUACUCAGGAUUGGAUCAACACUGCUACAAGUAUGCCAAGUAUGUCAGCACACUGGGAGAGAGAGCUUGGUAAAUACUGGAGAUACGGCCAAGGGAUGGUUUCGACCAGUAUCAAGCUAACCAUAGAUUACUCCUGGUCGAUUUCACAGAUUAAACAGGUGAUACAGAGCCAAGGAACCUGGAUAUCAUAUUCUCACGAUACAGCUCUACAUACUCAAGAAUGGGGAGCUUUAGACGCCCUGCUACAAAACAACCCGGAGAAGAGGGGCGGAACUUGUUAUUUCUGGGCAGGGUCUCAUUACAGGAUGUUUGACGGAAACCUGGUGUCUCUUCCAACUGGUUGUGAGCAUGUACUUCUUGUUGAACCAAGAGAUCAGACCAUCAAGAUAUCCGUCCUACCCCAAGAAACCUGCUCAACCUGUAUUAGGAUCAAACUGGACCUGGAAACGGUAGAGUACAUUCUAUCUGUGGAUGGUAAUGGUAGAGCAAUAGCAACCUCUGGUUCCAGUAGUAUAGCUGUACCUGGAGUGCAGGAUGGAGUUGUAUUCCAGAAAUCUGGUUCCUGGAUAUUUGUAGAAAUCCUGGGACUAGGACUAACACUACGAUGGAACACUAAGGACUACCUAGUGAUCGAAGGGGAUUCUAAUCUAUGGAACCGAACUACAGGGAUGUGUGGAUCUCUUACUUCAAAUCCGUUCGAUGAUUUUAUGUCACGUGACAGAGAGAAGAUUCCGAAUCUCCAGGACUUUGCUAAAGCUUGGACUCUUCAUGACGGUGCCUGUGAGGACAGGAAAGGUGGAGAAGGACACACGUGUAGUCCAGGAUCAGACCUGGAUAAACAAGCUUCUCAGUUCUGCCGGAACCUGGUGGAUUCUCCGGCUCUAGGUUCCUGUCACUCUGUUCUCAAUCCUCUUCCCUUCUAUGAGACAUGUCGUUGGUCCUACUGCAGUGGUUCUACUCCAGAUUCUAGUUUAGGUUCUACUCCAGGUUCAACUUUCGCUGGAGAACUAGCUUGUCAGUCUGUUGAAACCUAUGUGAGAUCCUGUGAGGGUUUGGGAGUAUCUCCGUCAGGUUGGAGAUCUCCUGGUUUCUGUCCUAUGGAGUGUGGAGGAGGGAUGGUUUAUCAGGAGUGCGGAGUAGGAACUAGUCCUACUUGCUCUGAUUCAGAUGAAGGUCUGGUUUCUGAGUUCUGUAUCUCAGGGUGCUAUUGUCCACAGGGAACCAGGCUACAUCAAAAUAGGUGUAUAAAGGAGAAGGACUGUCCGUGUCUUUACAAUGGUAAAGAAUAUCAGAAUGGAGAAGAAAUAACAAAGAGUUGUAAUACUUGUGUAUGUACUGUAUCUGGAUGGGAGUGUACUGCUGAAGAGUGCGGGAGCCGGUGUACUGUAGUUGGGGAUCCACAUUAUACUACGUUUGAUGGAAAGAGCUAUGAUUUCAUGGGGCAAUGUGCGUAUAUCCUGUUGGAGUCUGAUGAUCUACUGAUACAGGCUGAAAAUAUACCAUGUGACGGCUCAACUUUCCAGGAAGUAAUCGGUCGAACAUAUGAGAUUAAUAAUCCCCCAACAUGUACACGUAGUGUUACAAUCAAGACAGGAGGACGGAUUUUGAAAUUAAAGCAGGGUUUUGAGCUGAGGUUGGAUGGCGAGGAAAUAAACCAACUUCCUUUCAGAAUUAGGAAUACUCUGGUUAUUAACCAACCUUCAUCUCUUUGGAUUACAGUAUACCUGGAGAAUGGGAGUAAGGUUUGGUGGGAUGGAGAAACUAGGGUCUAUAUUGAUGCUUCACCCUCACUACAUGGAAAGACUAAGGGUUUAUGUGGAAGCUACAAUGGGUUUGAAAAUGAUGAUUUCUUGACUGUGGACGGAGAUGUGGAGGAGAAUCCAACAAACUUUGCCAACAAAUGGAGAAUUGAUCCUAACUGUGUUGUAGCUCUAGACAAAGGUUCUCAUCCCUGUGAUGUAAACCCUACCCGGAGAUUAGAAGCAGAACAAACCUGUUCUAAACUUAGACAAAAUAUCUUCAAGUCCUGUCACUCCCAGGUGGACCCUGAGAAAGCUUAUUCUGACUGUAUGUAUGAUUACUGCUCCUGUCAAAACUUUGAUCCAAGAUGUUUCUGUCCAAUAUUUAGUGCGUAUGGAGAUGAAUGUGCAGCAAAGGGUGUUGAGGUGGACUGGAGACCUCUAGUACGGGAAUGUGGAUUAAACUGUCCUGUUGGACAAAUAUACAGGUUGUGUGGAGAUAGUUGUAAAUACAGCUGCAGGUCAAUCUCUCUCCAUCAGGAGUGUGAACAGGAGUGUGUCGAGGGGUGUUCAUGUCAACCUGGAUACACAUUAGAUAAUACAGGACACUGUAUCCCUGCAUCCUCCUGUCCCUGCUACAAGGAAGAUGAACUGUAUGAACCACACUCCAAGGACUACAGAGCAGAGAGUAAGGAGAUGUGCACUUGUUUAAACGCAGUGUGGAAUUGUAGAUCUGGAAGUCUGGAAGAUGAAGCUGAAUGGAUAAAACAAAAUAAACUUGAAUGUAACUCCUCUCUGCAUCUUCAGUUCACAGAUUGUAUACAGGAACAGAUCACUUGUAAGAAUAUGCACCUUGGAGAACUAUCUCCUGCUGGUGGCUGUGAGGAUGGUUGUGAGUGUGCUCCAGGUUAUGUAGAGGAUGAACAAGGAGCUUGUGUUCCAGCCGCAGCGUGUCCCUGCCAUCACGGGGGCAGAAGCUAUUCCCAAGGAGAUGUAAUUCAAAAAGAUUGUAAUACUUGUUCUUGUGUUGACGGAAUCUGGAGUUGUUCUACUAAAGAUUGUCCAGGACAGUGUUCGGUCUGGGGGGAAGGACAUUUUACAACCUUUGACAGAAAAAGUUAUAGUUUCCUUGGAAGCUGUGAAUAUAUUCUUGCAAAGGGAUACUUAACAGAAUCAGACUCUUUUACGAUUAGUGUAAAGAAUGUUCCUUGCGGGACCAGUAUAGUAACAUGUUCCAAAUCUUCAACUCUGACAAUAGGAACAGGAUCUCAUCAGGAACAUAUUCAGCUGCUUAAAGGAACAGAUGUUAAAGUUAAAAAGGAACAUAAACGUAUCAAGGUUGUUGAUUCCGGAAUGUAUCUCCGAGUAGAGGUUUAUGAUAUGGGACUCAGUAUAGAGUGGGAUAAAGGAAAUAAACUUUACAUCAAACUUAAACCAAGAUGGAAAGGAAGUGUAAAGGGAUUGUGUGGGAACUACAAUGGGAUCGGAUCAGAUGAUUUAAAAUCCCCAGGAGGAAUUAUAGAAUCCUCUCCGGUUCUAUUCGGGGACACUUGGAAACUACACAGCUACUGUCCUCCAGCAGUCAUACAACAGGAUACAUGUUCCAUCCAUCCUCACAGAAAACUCUGGGCUUCCAAGAAAUGUGGAAUCCUGAAAUCUGAAACCUUUAAGCCUUGUCACUCAGAGGUUCCACUGAACACUUGGUAUGAAGAGUGUGUGAAAGAUACCUGUGGUUGUAACGUAGGUGGAGAUUGUGAAUGUUUAUGUACAGCUGUAUCUGCUUAUGCACACGCAUGUACAAUGGCAGGGAUUAAUAUUCAAUGGAGAAACCAAGGACUUUGCGCCAUGCAAUGCCCACGGGGUACAAGUUACAGUCCAUGUGCGAGCAAAUGCCCCGUAGAAACUUGUGAUAACAGCGCCAUCUUUAAACGAUUAUCGUUGGCUUGUGAAGACGACGUGUGCACAGAAGGAUGUUCUCCUGACCCCUGUAGACCUGACAGCGUCAAGGAGGAUCUGCAGAGUAUGCGUUGUAUUCGUAAAGUAGACUGCAAACAGAAAUGUUUAAAAGAAGACGGAAUUCAGUAUUAUGAAGGAGAUAUCAUCAAAUCUACGGAAUGUCAAGUUUGUAAAUGCAUAAACAAGGCUAAGGUUUGUGAGAAUAUCUGCGACACCUCUGAGGACGGAUAUUCUAAACCUGUCACAGUUUUAGAUUCGUAUUACAACGGGACGAAUAUUGGGUUGGUAUUGAGCUGUACUCCGGGUUGGACAAACUUGAUCAAUGCUUCAACUCCUCUCACACAAACCACACCUUUUACGGUUCUUGGAGGUUGGUGUGCUAGACCCGAGAUGGAGAGGAUUGAGUGCCAAGGAUCCGGAGAUAUGAACGGGGUUCAAUGCUCUCUGGAGUACCCUGUAUCUUGUCCGUCCUGCUCCCAGCUCCAGUAUAGAGUACUUUGUUCAUGUAAACCCGAGCAGAUGUCCCUGAAUAUAGAUAUUGCUCUGGUUGGAUCUUGUAUACAACCCUACUCUAGAUACCCACAUAGAGCAAACUGUAAACUCUUCUACAACUGUGAACAGAGGAGAGGAGGAGGAGUAGGGUUGAUAGAGAAUGUUUGCCCUGAUGAUCAACUGUUCGAUCAAACCCUGAAGGUUUGCUCAGAUCCUAGCUCCAUCAUUAGCCGCCAACCCUGGUGUUCUCAGAGCUUCAAUAUCCCUACAGAACUAAACCUGCUCUUGAACAAGGUUCAUGUCUCAGCUCAGGGUGUAUUCUCGGAUCUAGAGAACUACAACCUCAAUGUCUCCUAUAUUGAGAAGAUGAAAACCUUAACUCAGCAGUUUAACGAAUAUUCUAAGCUUACAAUUAUCAAUGAUUCAGAUCGGAAAACAAUUAUUGAGAAUGCAAAACAAUUCUUUAUAUUUACUCAAACUUUGACGGAGUUUUCUCAUUCGUUUUCCUCCGAAACAAAUAGAAAAAUUGAAGAACUUCGCUCCGUCUUGAACAAGGUUCUGUUUAAAACCAACUAUAACCCCGACUACCAAUCCAACAAAACCUUGGAAAAGCUUAAAAAGAUCAAUAUUGAAUUGGAAAAGCUUCAGAUCUCCCUGGAUAAAGUCGAAGCUGAAGAUUCCAACUAUCUGCUAGCUGAAGAUUAUACCCAGAGAAAGACUCGUCUCAACCAUAUCUCUCAUCAGAUAAAUGAAAUCUUGUAUCAAUACAACACCGGAACUAUAAAUAAAACCAUGCUUAUCUCCAAACUGAGAGAAAUCAGAGAAGAUAUUAAAUCCUCUGGACCAUCAUCAGAACUAGACUUGGUACAGAGUAUCCUUACUGCAGCUCUAACUGAUCUUGGUUGGGUUGAGAGUAUUCUCAAGGAUGAAACUACAUGUGACAUAUCUCUCAUCCAUAUACCUGUUCCUGGAGACUGUUCUUCGUUCUACCAGUGUACAGGGGUACCUGGAUCCCCAGGAAAACGUGUCAAGAAACAGUGUGGACCAGGAACUAUGUUUAAUCCUGUCAGACUGAUCUGUGAUUGGCCCCUCAAUGUUUACAAAAUAAAUCCUGACUGCAAUAUUAAACAAACCACAACUCCUUCCAAUGUAUACAGUACAGAACCACCGAAAGUACAAAUUUCAACACUUUCUAGAGGAGAUAACUUUGCUGGAAUCACAUCCCUUAAUCCAAACCUAGUUAUUGAUUCAUCCAAUCCCUAUCAAAGUUCCUCCAAUCCAUCCGAUCAAUCCAGUAAUCCUUAUGUUGCAGGAGGACUUCUUUUUACAAUCCCUAGAUACAUCAGUUCUCCUAGUCCUAUAGUUUACACAACUGGAAAUCCUGUUACAGCCGGUCUCCCUGUUAAGAACAGUACCUGGAAAACAGACCCAACCUUGACAGAUCCUGUUCUCCUAGUUCAGAGUACAAAAUCUCCUCCUUUAGCGUGUCCUGAAGAUAGAUUGUAUGAUUUAUUGAUGGAUGUACCAGACUCUGGAUUCUCUGCUUCUUCUAGUGCCCAGAGAAGUUCUGCAACCUUUGGUCGUAUGCUGGACCUCAGUGUGUUUGCAAGGAAUGCUUUACUCCAGGAGUAUACUGAGAUAGAUGCCUGGGUGCCUGAAGUACAAACUAGGAAUGAGUUUCUUCAGAUAGAUUUAGGAAAUAUUAUUCCAAUAUUUGGUUUGGAGGUUCAGGGUUCAACUGAACUAGAUGCAUACGUAUCCUCCUUCUCAAUCCUGUACAGUGAGAAUGGGAAUACCUUCUCUCAAGUCCGGGAUGCAAAUAACAAUCUGAAGAUUUUCAACGGGAACUAUGACAGCAGUACUCCGAUAAAAGUUAUUCUAUCACAGGGAAUAGAAACCAGAAUUCUCCGGAUAUAUCCGCAAACUUGGGUUAACUUUAUUGCUCUCAAGAUUGAGAUCUUUGGCUGCUCUAAUCCUUAUCCUGUUUCAAAAACCCUACCUGGAGUAACCAAACCUGCACCAGGAGCUGGGAUUUAUCAAUCAAUUAUAAAUGAGAUUGGAGUUAACAUCACUAGAGAAAUCAACGAAAUAGAAACUAUUGUAGGGAUUGGUCUUAUAGAUGAAGAUCUUGAUCCUGAGCUCUCCAGGUUGAUAAUGGAGCAGUAUAAAAAGAUUAAAGAUUUAUCUAAACAGCUGGAAAACUAUUCCUCCUCCGAGGAUAUAAAUUCUCUAAUUCAGAUCUCAGAAACCAUUGAUCUUGAAAUACAAACGAUCAUUAAGAUUAUUAAAGAAAAUUCACAGAACGGUAAACUCCAGGAGUAUCUUCAAACCUCUCUUGUAAAAAAAACAACCUCUCUGCAAGAGCUAAGUUCAACCUUGAAAUCCUUGGUGGAAAGUUCUCCAGGUAGAGAGAAGAACCAAUACACUGACUUGUUCACCACCGUGAAGGAGGAAGUAGUCCAGAUCAGCAACCUACUGGAGGAGAUCAAGGAGAACAAGGAUGAGGGUUCAAGAAGCUCAUCCGAUCUCCAAGAUCUAAUGAAAACUCUCCAGGAAACCGUCCUACAGUUGGAGAAUUAUAAAACCGAGAUAGAUCAGGAAGGAAGACUCACCGAGCUAUCGAUUAGUAAACUGUUGGCCGAGAUUGAGAAAAUAAGGCGAGCAAAGGAUAAACUAGAAACUACGGAUUUCCAGGAAGAUCUGAACCAGGAGGAGAAGUCAACCAUCCAACAAACAAACACAAAGACAAAUACUAUCCUUGCUCAACUCAUAUCUUAUGCUGAUAAUUCAAAACAGACAGAAAUUCCAAAUCAACGUGUUACAUCUUCUCCAUACGUUACAGAGACACCAUCAGAGAUUGCGAAAGCCAAAAACUGUCUGAACGUUUACACUAUUGGAGAAGGGGGAAUCCGUCCUGAGAUGGUUUCAUUGAGUUCAGUUUACUCCGAGGAUAAGUUUAGGUUUGGAUCAGCUCAGGUUGGAUUAAACUCUAGGUCUGGCUGGAGACCUGCUAGGAACAGUAUGCAGGAAUCAUUAACUGUGAAUCUGGGAAGUGUGAGUACUAUUUCUGGAUUAAAAACACAGGGUCUUCACAGUUCUACAAGUUGGAUUCAAGCAUUUCAAAUAAAAUACAGUAAUGAUAAGAUAUCCUGGAGCACUAUACAAGACAAAAAUACACGAGGGGAUAGAAUAUUCACUGGAAACUACGAUAGUGAGACAGUUAACACGCAGUUCUUUGAUAAACCAAUCAGUACAGUUUUCAUACAAAUUGCACCCUUGAAAUGGCAUGGAGACAUUGGGCUUAGGCUUGCUCUAAUUGGGUGCAUUGAUCCUUGGUAUCUUGAUAAACCUGGUAGUAAUACGGAAUAUCCAGAUACCAAUGAACUAGGUGGAUAUGGAAAUGUUGGAACUACUAAAACUCCAGAUAAUGCUGGACCAGGAGGAUAUGGAAAUGUUGGAACCACUAAAACUCCAGAUAAUGCUGGACCAGGAGAAUAUGGAAAUGUUGGAACCACUAAAACUCCAGAUAAUGCUGGACAAGGAGGAUAUGGAAAUGUUGGAACCACUAAAACUCCAGAUAAUGCUGGACAAGGAGGAUAUGGAAAUGUUGGAACCACUAAAACUCAAGAUAAUGCUGGACUAGGUGGAUAUGGAAAUGUUGGAACCACUAAAUCUCCAGAUAAUGCUGGACUAGGAGGAUAUGGAAAUGCUGGAACUACUAAAACUCCAGAUAAUGCUGAAAAAGGUGGAUAUGGAAACGUUGCAACAACUAAAACUCCAGAUAAUGCUGGACCAGGAGGAUAUGGAAACGUCGCAACUACUAAAACUCAAGAUGAUGCUGGAGUAGGUGGAUAUGGAAAUGUUGGAACUCCUAAAACUCCAGAUGCCAAUGGACUAGGAGGAUAUGGAAAUGUUGGAACUACUAAAACUCCAGAUGCCAAUGGACUAGGAGGAUAUGGAAAUGUUGGAACCACUAAAACUCCAGAUGCCAAUGGACUAGGAGGAUAUGGAAAUGUUGGAACUACUAAAACUCCAGAUAAUGCUGGACCAGGAGAAUAUGGAAAUGUUGGAACUACUGAAACUCCAGAUAAUGCUGGACCAGGAGGAUAUGGAAAUGUUGGAACUACUAAAACUCCAGAUGCUGCUGGACUAGGUGGAUAUGGAAAUGUUGGAACUAAUAAAACUCCAGAUAAUCCUGAACCAGGAGAAUAUGGAAAUGUUGGAAAUACUAAAACUCCAGAUAAUCCUGGACUAGGUGGAUAUGGAAAUAGUGGAACCACUAAAACUCCAGAUAAUGCUGGACAAGGAGGAUAUGGAAAUGUUGGAACUACUAAAACUCCAGAUGCUGCUGGACUAGGUGAAUAUGGAAAUAGUGGAACUACUAAAACUCCAGAUAUCAAUGGACUAGGUGGAUAUGGAAAUGCUGGAACUACUAAAACUCCAGAUAAUGCUGGACCAGGAGGAUAUGGAAAUGUUGGAACCACUAAAUCUCCAAAUAAUCCUGGACCAGGAGAAUAUGGAAAUGUUGGAAAUACUAAAACUCCAGAUGCUGCUGGACUAGGUGGAUAUGGAAACGUUGGAACUACUAAAACUCAAGAUAAUGCUGGAGUAGGUGGAUAUGGAAAUGUUGGAACUACUAAAACUCCAGAUGCCAAUGAACUAGGAGGAUAUGGAAAUGUUGGAACUACUAAAACUCCAGAUGCCAAUGGACUAGGAGGAUAUGUAAAUGUUCCUACUGUUUCAGCUUGUGAUGUAUGUCCUGGUAUUGUAUUGCAGAAUUCACAGUGUCCUUGUAUGUUUGGAUUAUAUUGGACUGGUACUGGGUGUGUACCAAGAGAGAACUGUGAUUGUGUUCUUGGAGAAAUAAGGUUUUCAAGAAACGUAACUGUGAUGAAUGAUAACUGUGAUGAGUGUCUCUGUAUGAAGGAUGGAGUCGCGCAUUGUAAACCAAAGGUUUGUCCUCCCUGUUCGUCGGGUUUGCGUUCUCAGCUCACCCUGGACUGUUCUUGUAUCUGUAAGCACUGUGAGCCAGGGAGUACGAUCUGUCCCAGUUCUCAAACUUGUGUUCCUGUAGAGAACUGGUGUGAUGGUAUUGAACAUUGUCCUGAUGAUGAAAUAAACUGCAGGGAUACUCUAGAGAAGGAAAAGGAAGAGCUAUCAUUCUCCGGUCUACCCUGCCCUAAACCCUCCUGUCCUCCUGGGAAGAAGAUCAGGGAGACGGAGAUAGAAACCCUGGACGGAUGCACAUUUUACAAAUGUGUUGAAGAGGAGGAAACUGAUGUUUGUUCUAUUCCAUCCUGUCCUACUGGAUACACGGCUAGGAUAGUCGGAGAUAGAUCAGCUAAACUCAUAGAUUCAAAUCCUCAAAUCAGUCCUGAGACAGAAUCAUCUCCAAGGUAUAAACGGUAUGCGGAGCUACUUGAACCCAACUGUCCGGAGUAUGAAUGCGUCCCUGAUCCAAGAGUUACUCCGUCUGUUCCAACCAAGCCUCAGAUGUGUACGCUAGAGGGCUCGACCAUCAAAACUUUUGAUAAUCUAACCCUGGUUCAUGAUAUUUGCUUUGUUCAGCUUAUCAACAGUCCUGAAGACAAAACCUUAAUACGAUAUAAAAAGGAUUGCUCUGGACAAGUCUGCAGUAAGUUCCUGAUCCUGAAUAUCCAGGACGAGGAACUAGUACUGAGGACGGAUCUCCGGGUUGUGUGUAAGAGUAACGAAUAUACAGGAGAAGAAGCUUCAAGGUUUGCUGAAUCAAGAUCCUACUCUAUCAACUCAGUUGGAGACUCUUUACUCAUCAAACUAAGAUCUGGUAGAAUACAGAUUGAAUGGCAAUCAAAUGGGGGAUUUUCAAUCAUGGUUACUUCUGAUCUGAGUGGUAUUAUAACUGGUUUAUGUGGAAAUGCUAACGGUUUGGAUGAAGACGAUUGGUCCCUGCCGAAUGGUAUGAAGACGACCUCUACUCCAGAUCUAUACAGUAGUUGGAGUGUACCUGGAUACAAGUGUGUUAAUCCAACCUGUCCUAGACAAAUCACCGAUAUCGCCCAUAGACUAUGCAAAACAGUCAGGUUCCCUCCUCUAAACAAGUGUUCAAGUCUAGUUCCAGGUUCAGAGUUCCUGAAUAUCUGUCUCCAGCAGACCUGUGAGUGCUUACUAGAGACGGACGGAGAUGAGAGAGGGUGCAAAUGCAAGGCAAUGGAACUGUAUGUGAAGAAAUGUAAAGCUGUGAACCCUAGUAUUCAUUUACAAGACUGGAGAACUACACAUUUAUGUCCGUCCCACUGUCCUCCUGGUUUGGUUCACUACGACUGUUUCCAUCACUCCUGUGAGCUGACCUGCUCCAACCUCAAGAGUUCUGAACCCUGUCCUGCUCUCCAGGACGGGAUCUGUUUCCCAGGUUGCUUCUGUCCGACAGGACUGGUCAGGGACGGAGAUAUCUGCAAAGAACCUUCAAAAUGUCGGAACUGUGUGUGCAGUAAACACGGUAGUAUUAGCUACUCAACCUUUGAUGGAAAAGCAUUUAAACUUUCACCUGAAAGAUCUUAUGUAAUGAGUCGUGUCCCAAACCAAGAAGGAGGAUUUGAUCUGGAGAUUAUUGCAACUACCCAGGACUGCUCUAUCAACGCUAGAAAGAAAGUUUGCAUAAAGAAGGUUGAGGUUUGGUUUGGAGAUCAUAAACUUGAAGUUCAAGCUGGAGAAAAUCAUGCUGAUUUAUUGAUUGACGGAGUUCAAGCACAAUCCUUCCACAAACUUCAGCAUGGAUUUCAAGUUAAACAACCAACCCGGAGUACUUUACUCAUCCUUCUCCCAACCCUACAGCAUGAGAUAGAACUGGACUUUGCAGUAUUCGAUCUUACUAUACGUGCUCCAUACUCACUUUACUCAGGGAAACUAGAAGGACUAUGCGGAAACUGUAAUGGAGAUGAAACCGAUGAUACUAAAACUGCAACUGGGACAAUAUCCUUUGAUGAUGAUUUCUUUGUAAAUUCUUGGAUUAUAUUCGAGGAUUCAGAAGCAUCAACAUCUCCAUCUGUUGAAGGUUUGUAUAAACCUCAGACAACUCCGCUACCUGGAUACGGGAGAACAGUCAGUCAGGUUCCAGUGACUCAGGGUACUAGUACACCUACUCCAGUUAUACCUGGAGCAGGAUAUGGAGUACCAUCAGAAGUUGUGAAUCCAGUUUUUGAUAUUUGUCCUGAAAACAUCACAAGUCUAUGCAAUGCCCUCCUUCAUGCAUCCUUCUCCAAGUGCCAUCCAAUAGUAGAGCCUGUAAGCUACCUAGAAAUGUGUAAGAAUGAUAUUUGUGCUGAACCUGAUCAUGAAGAUGUACUCUGCGAGGUUGCAGACGAGUAUGCUAAACACUGCCUGGAGAAAGGAAUCUGUUUAGAGUACAGGAGCACCCUGAGCUGUUCUAAACCUUCCUGUGGAGCAGGAAGUGAGCACCAGGAGUGCGGAGCAGGUUGUGAUCCAACCUGUGAUCAGGAAUUCUGUAAUACUCCAGCUAGACCAGGAUGUAGAUGUAGUAAGGAUAUGGUUAUGAUUGAUGGUGAGUGUCGACCUAGAACUGAAUGUGUAUUCUGUACUGUCGGAUACGGAACAGUAAAACAUGCUGGGGAAGUGUGGAUGGAGGAUGUAUGUACAAACUGUACUUGUGCAGUGUCUGAAACCAGAGGCGGAGUUGUAAAGUGUUUGGAGAAGAAAUGUGAACCUCUGAUCUGCCAGGUUGGUUUCAGAUCAGAGACAGUUUCAACUCUAUCCUCAGCUCAGGAUUGCUGCCCGGAUCAAGUUUGUAUUCCAGUGGAACCCAAUCCGGUCAUUCGGUGUCCGGAGCUGGUCAAACCGGAUUGUGGGAGAUUUCAACAAGUUAAAACCGUCUUCAAUAGUUCCGUGUCGGGCUGUUCAAAACUUGUCUGUGAUUGUAUUGAGAGUUGUCCUCCCUUAAACCCAAGUAGUAUCCUCCUCCUACCUGGAGAAACCUUGGUAACCUUAUCUACAGGCUGUUGUCAGUACCUGGAAAAGAAAUGCAACCAUAUGGAUUGUCCUGAGGAGAACAAUUGUCCGUCUCAUCUUGUCAAAGCUCUCAAUCUGACAACUCAAGGAGAUUGUUGUCCAAAAUAUUUUUGUGAGAUCCCUGCUGACAAAUGUGUUUAUACAAUGAAGAAUACUGCAGUGGGAACCAUCGUGGUGAAAAAUGUAUCUGAGAGUUGGACGGAUGGAUCCUGUAGAAAGUGUAAAUGUAAUCCUCCCCGUCCUCCAACUCAAGACUCUCCAGAUACUAAACCAGAACCUGUUUGCUCUGUGCAAUCCUGUAACAAUAAACAGAAGAAACUAGACAAACUCAGAUACAUCUUGGAAGAUAUCCCGAACCCUGAAGUUUGUUGCCUGGAGUAUAAGAAGCUUGGAUGUAUAUAUCAAGGAGUAAACUAUAAGGUUGGAUCGAACUGGAAGGACGGUUUAGAUCCAUGUAAGAAGUUCUACUGCAAGGAUGUUGAUGGGGAAGCAGAUAUUCAGAUAGAGACUGAACAAUGCUCUUCAACCUGUCCAAAGGGUUCAGUUCGUAUCCGAGAGAAGGAUGAAUGUUGUGGAUCCUGUCUCCCUACUGAGUGUGUGCUAGAGGAUGGGUCUAUUUUACCUCCAGGAUCAUUUAAGGAAUCUCAGGACGGAUGCAGUAGGACAAUUUGUAAACUUCAGGACGGUCAGGUAGUUCUAACCCGGGAGGAAACCAAGUGUCCUGUAUUUGAUGAGUCCUGUUCUAGUAUUACGUAUAGUGAGGACGGGUGUUGUAGGACGUGUAUAACCUGUAAGGAUGAUCAAGGAACAACAAGGCAGGUGGCAGAACAGUGGCAGAAGGACGGAUGCACUACAUGUAACUGCUCAGAAUCUGGAGAAGUCUGGUGUGUAACGAAGGUCUGUGAGAAGGUUGUGUGCAGUGUUGGAUACAAGGUGGAGAUAGUUCCAGGUUCUCCGGAUACAUGUUGUCCUCUCCAGGAGUGUAUCCCAGUCUCCCUGCCUUACUCCGGACAAUGUGCUGAACCUACCCAGCCUAGUUGUGGCGAGGACCAGGAGCUCAAGAGAAUUAUAGGGACGGAUGGAUGCUCUUCAUAUGUUUGUGAAUGUAUGAGUGUCUGCCCUACACUACAAGAGCCUAGAGAAGGACUGGAGGAAGGAGUGGAGUGGAGGAAGGAUACUACUGGAUGCUGUCCUAAGUACACCAGGACCUGUGUAACUAGUACAUGUCCUACUCCUGUACCCUGUCCUCUGUACUACAAACAGUACACUGAGAAUAAAACAACCGCUUGCUGUACUAAAAUCAAAUGUGGUAAUUAUAAAGUUUUUAACAAAUUUUUGUUAAAAACAAAAACACUUUUUUGUCAGAAACGAAACAAAUUUUAACUUUCAACCAAACUU